AGUUGAAAUUUAGCUCAAAUUUUAUUAAUUAAUGCAGGUGCCAGAAUCAAAAUGUGCUUUUAAAACUUUUAUACCAUUUAAACUAAAAGAAAACAUUAACGUGGACAAGAAAGACUGAAAAAUGUCUGAAGGGCAAGGAGAGGUAACUCCUCAGAAAGUUUAUGAAAGUGUUGAAGAUGAAAAUUAUAAGAGGAUUAAAAGUCAAACGACAACACUCAGACAAGCUCCUAAUAUAGCAGGAAUUAGCUCUGCCCUUGGUCUGGCUGCUACAACAUUCACCUGGUACAGAUUUUCUGCCAGUAGACUUCAUAACUUAACUGUGGCAUUGCUUCUUGCACCUAAUAUGGUCAUCACUCAUAUUUUCACCAAAUUUGCUUAUAAACAUGAUGUGACUUUACCAAUUACUGCAGGAGAUUUAAGUGAUGAUCAUGCGAUUGCAUUAAGUACAGGAGAACAGUUGGUAUUUGGUGCAGCACUGCCUAUUAUUACUGCCUCAUAUCCUUUCCUGGUUGUUACUUGGGAACAAGGGAAAAAAUCGGGUUUAUCUCUUUCAAAACAUGUUGGAAAGCAAAUGAAGAAAUUCUUGACAGAAUUCAGCUUCAGAGGAAAUAGACGUUAUUAUAGAGUUAUAGGAAUUAAUGUGAUUCUUCAGCUGGGUGUAGGGGCACUUCUGGGAUACAAUCAAGUUGUCGAAAGAAAUUUAGUGAAGGAUAAAAUCUACAAGGAAAAAGAAAUUUUACCAGAAUAUCAAGACUUAUUUUUAAAGGAAACAGACUUCUCUGAAAUUGGAAAUUCGUUUGACUCUAUUCGUUUUAGGCUUGAAGAAGCUUUUAGAAGAUUUUUUCCCCCAACUGAAUGAAAUUGAUUUUAACUUGAAUUGUACACUUCUAGAGAAUGGAAUUUUUUUUUUCAAGAAAUGUGCUGUUGUGAAUGUUUUACAUUAAAACAGGCUGCAAAUCUCUAAA